AGACUGGGAACUUUAAAGCGGAACAGGGCUCAUGGAGGGUGGAGGCGCAAGAAAUGUUUCCGCAGCAGCAGCACAGACAAAGGGAAGUGGGGAUGAUGGCUCCUGCAAGCCAUUGCCUCCUUGCUGCAUCAAGGCGAAAGCUGGUGUGCCGGAAUCUGAGGCCAAGUGUCAUGCAACUGUGGUGUCCGGGUGGUUCACAGAAUCCCACUCACGAUCUGGUCAAACAAGCAAAGUGCGGUACUUCAACAAUCCAAUGUGGCCAGGAGAGGCUCAUUCGUUGAAAGUAGAGAAGAUUUUGUACCAGGGGAGAUCACCUUACCAAGAAGUUUUAGUUUUCGAGUCUUCAACAUAUGGGAAUGUCCUUGUCCUUGAUGGUAUUGUUCAGCUGACUGACAAGGAUGAAUGCGCUUACCAGGAAAUGGUUACCCACCUUGCACUGUGCUCAAUUCCAUCUCCUAAAAAUGUUUUGGUUGUGGGUGGUGGUGAUGGCGGUGUACUACGAGAAAUAGCCAAGCACGACUCAGUGGAGACUAUAGACAUUUGUGAGAUUGAUCAGCUAGUUAUUGAUGUUUGUAAAGAUUUUUUCCCACAUUUAUAUGUUGGAUACGAAGAUCCUCGUGUUCGACUUCAUGUUGGGGAUGCUGUUGAUUUCUUGAGGAAUGCUCCAGAAGGGAAAUAUGAUGCCAUUAUUGUUGAUUCAUCAGAUCCAAUUGGGCCAGCUCAGGAACUUGUGGAGAAGCCUUUUUUCCAGACAAUUGCUAGAGCUUUAAAGCCUGGAGGUGUUCUUUCUAAUCUAGCUGAGAGUAUGUGGUUGCACACACACCUAAUCCAGGAUAUGCUCUCUAUCUGUCGUGAGACAUUCAAGGGUGGCGUGCACUAUGCCUGGGCUAGCGUUCCAACAUAUCCUAGUGGUGCCAUUGGAUUUUUGCUAUGUGCGAAGGAAGGUCCACCGGUGAACUUCUUGACUCCCGUGAAUCCAAUUGAGAAAAUCGAAGGAGCUACGACAGCCGGAAAAGAAAUGAGAUUUUACAAUUCGCAGAUUCAUAGGGCUGCUUUUGUUCUGCCAACAUUUGUAAGGAGGGAGCUGGAGGCACAUUGCACUUUUACUGAAAAGAAGAAACCAGAAAAGCCAACCGCAAAACCAGUGAAGAUGAAGAUAAUGCGGGGCAGUGCAAUUACCGCUUCCUAGACCACCGGCAACCGCUCAUAUGCUGUCCGCCGUCCUCGAUUAGCACCGCCAUCCGCCACUCAUAUGCUAUCCAUUGUCCUCGAUUAGCACCGACGUGCUGCAUAUAUUCACGUUCCACGCCUGUCCUGUGGCAAAUUAUAUAUUAAAGUAAUGGCAUGAUUGUUGUGGUGAGUAGCAUAGUUGCUUGACAGAACUGAGAGUAGAAUGUCGUUGAGUGUGUAUGAUAUGUUGCGGUUGACUGAAUAAAGGGGGAACAGAGUGGACUGUAUGCUAAAAUAAUAUGUUUCCCUGAUCUGCAA